AUGGCUUCGAGCUCGAAGACAGAGGCUGCCUCGAGCGCGCCAUCUUUGGACGCGUUUAGGGAUGGCACAAGCAACCUUCCCCUGGUCGAUUGCAGCAAGUGUGGAGCUCAGUUGAUUGGCCUAGUGUCGAAGCAGGACAAGAGCUUUGGGCAGAGGUUCUACAAGUGUCCUCUAAUUAACCAUUUCUACAUGUGGGAGGACCAAUACGUUGAGUACCUCAUCGGCAAAUCCAAGCUUCCAUGA